GCUGGCAGUCUGGGGCGACAUGCAGGUCUGGCGCCAGGCGGCCACCCAGGUCUUCUUCUCGCUGGGGCUGGGCUUCGGGAGCGUCAUCGCCUACUCCAGCUACAACCCACGGCACAACGACUGCCACGCUGACGGGCUGCUGGUGGCCGGCAUCAACUUCCUCACCUCGCUGCUGGCCACGCUGGUCGUCUUCGCUGUGCUGGGCUUCCGGGCCACCACCGUCGCCAGGGCCUGCGUGGCAAGGAACAUGGAGAUGCUGGCCCAGCUGCUGGGGACCGGGGCCCUGCCCACCCUGGAGCUGCCCACCCUGGACCUGGCGGCACUGUCCCCACCGCAGUACAGCGCCUGGUACCACAGGCUGCCCCCCGAGCUGGGCACCGCACUGCAGGGACACGGUGUCACCGACUGCCGGCUGGAGGACGAGAUGAACAAGGGCGUGGAGGGCACCGGCCUGGCCUUCAUCACCUUCACGGAGGCCAUGACCCUGUUCCCGGCCUCCCCGUUCUGGUCCGUCCUCUUCUUCCUCAUGCUGCUGAACCUGGGAUUGAGCACCAUGCUGGGCAACAUGCAGGGCAUCCUCACCCCCCUGCUGGACCGCUACCCUCCCCUGCAGCGCCGCGCCACCGUCUUCACCG